AUGCCCCCCUUCUCCCUCACGCAAACCCUCCUCGCCUCCGACCCCCGCGCCCACCAAUCCGCCACCCAAUCGCCCUUCCUCGCCCUCGCAUCCCAAGGCCGCCUUCCAAAGUCCCUCCUCGGGCAAUGGCUCGCCAACGACCGGCUGUACAUCCACGCCUACAUCCGCGGCAUCGGCCGCCUGCUCAGCUUCCUGCGGCUGCCCGACGUGGUCCACCCCCCGCUGCUGCGCGACGACAAGGCGGAGCGGGAGGCGAGCGUCGAGGAGAAGCUGCUCCACUGGAUGAUUGACGCGCUGGUCAACAUCCGGCGCGAGGAGGACAUGUUUGUGCGCACGGCGGCAAAGUACGGCGUCGACGUGAAUCUCGCCGCUGGGCCGGACGGCCGGAUCGCAGCCAGCACGAAGCUCGAGGGCUUGCGGCGUUUCGAAGCUCUCUUUGACGGAAUCUCACCACCUCCUCCUCGCGACCAAGGCGGCGUCGUGCUUCUUCCCUGGCUGGAAGCUGCCGUCAUCUUCUGGGCCACGGAAAAGUGCUACCUCGACGCCUGGUCAGGCGCGGCCGCCCGGCAGCUCUCCGACGAUGCUGCCGGGGAUGACAACGAUGCCGAUGGCGGGGCGCUCCGGCGGGAGCUCAUCCCGAACUGGAGCUCCGACGAGUUUGCGCGGUUCGUGGACGCGCUGGGGGAGAUUGUCGACGCUGGGGUGCGGCGGGAGAUGGAGCUGAAAAAGGGCGAGGGGGAGGAGGAGGAGGUUGUCAAGGCGCGGUUGGUGGAGCGGGCGCUGGGGAAGUGGCGGGAGGUGUUGGCUGCGGAGGAGGCAUUUUGGCCUGCGGUAGAGGGGAGUGACUGA